CGUAGAUUAAAAUCUUCAACACUUCCUGCUCGCUGUCUGGCUGUAAAAGACGAUGAUUUGGACAUAAAAUGAUUAUUAGCCGAUUGAUUUGGAUUGAAUUUGAACGCAAGAUUAGCUGGUUGAAAGGGACUUUGAGCGGGAAUAUGAGAAGCUCCAAAACUAUGUCUAAACCAGCGGUGAAGAUCUCAGGGGACUGGAUCCGUUGUGUGAGCCGGAUCAGGCCUUCCUUGUAUCUGUGACCGCUCUGGAUACAGCCAUGAAGAGAAUGGAUGCGUUCAAUCUGGAGAAGGUCAGUCAGAUACAGAAGACUAAUGAAAAAUCAAGGGAAGAGCUGAAGCCCAUCAGGGAAGACUUUGAAGGCAAGAACAAGCAGCUAUUAGACGAGAUGCCAGAAUUCUACAACAGCCGCAUCGACUACUUUCAGCCCAGCUUUGAGGCUCUGAUACAAACUCAGGUGGCCUAUUUUACCGAGAUGCACAAGAUCUUCACUGAAUUGAUGGAUCAGAAUGAACAAGGCGAACUGACAGAUGAACACAGAAAACAAGUAAACGAGAUGAAAAGAUUCUGAUGAAAUACAUCUUCUUAGCUGGAUUAUCAUCAUACCUGGCACCGUUCCAGUAACUUAGCCGUUUUUGCUUAACAAGCUUCCUAAAUGUAUCAGUUCACCUAAAUUAUAAAAUUUUAUUACAAGUACAAACACUACAGUCGACACGGGCGAUCACUUUAUCGCUUUCUCAUCCACUGGAGGUCAAAUU